AUGGCACCUUAUUUGACAAGGAAGUAUGCUUCAUUGUUAACAGAGUCUCAGAAAUCACAAGAGAAAAAUAAACCAUCAGUAACAAAAACAACAUCAAAAGCUGGAUCUGUUACCAAUAAAGAACCCAAGAAAAAAGGUGAUAGAGCAGCGAGUAUGAGAUUAAUAACAAAGUCAAAAAAUGUAUUGGCAAAGAAAAAAAGUGAAAUUUCAACAGAUUUGAAUAAGGAUGUUCAGGAAGAAAGUCAAAUUAUUACUAGGUAUAAAAAAUUGAAGAAAACUAUUGACAAGAAAGCAUCAGAACCAGAUGUUGAAACAAUGACGCAUAGUAGUUCAAGUACAAAUAAACAACAACCAAAAGAUGUUAAAAGGAAAAAAAUUAGCAAAAGAAUACACAAAAAUGUAUCUAAUUCAAGGCAGAUGUCAUUGAAAGAAUCCUUUUUAAACCAGUCAAGAAAGAAAUCAUUACGUCCUCGUCAAAAAGUUAAGAAUUCUGAGAAUGAUUCUGCAUUAAUAACAAACCAUCUGUCUCCCAGCAGGCACAGUAGUAUUGUAUUAGUAAAGAGAAUAAGUAGAACAAAAGAAAAAGUACCAGUUUAUAAGUGUCUUUCACCUGAACACUCUGCGGAAAAUGCAACUGAAGUUUAUGAAUUCAAUUUCAAUAUUGAUGAUUCUAAGGAGAGGUUACCCAAGAAAAAAAGAAAAAAACCUACUGUAAAAAAGCAAUUGGUAUCCAAGAAGAAAACUAUUUCUAAGAAACGCAAUGUACAGAACAUAGAAGAUCGUAAAACAGAACCUACUGUUGCAGAACCAACACUAACCAGUGCUGCACUUAAGGAAAGUAAUGUUAAAUCUGUUAAAUUUGCAUCUAAAGAAAUGCAACAACAAUCUCGCAUUGAGUUUUUGCAAAAUAAUGUCUCAGUAGAAUCUCCAAACAAAAAUGCAUUACUGGAAAAUUCAGAGAAAGUUUUAUUAAAUGAUGUAAACUUAAAGACAGAACAAACAGUGCAGUUACCUUUAUCAGAUAGUACAAAUAUAAAACUGCCGAAAGAUAAUACAAAACCAGCAAUUGUAUCAGUACAAGAUCUGGGUAACAAGAAAAUCACUGUAGUGAAUAACUCACAAAUAUCUAAAUCGGAUGAUUUCAUGCCAUUUAGACCUACAAAUGUUUUCAAUAAUAAGUCGGUACAGUAUAAGAAUACGCUUAAUAAUUCACUGUUUGAAAGAUCUUUGUCACCAAUCGUGAGAUCAUCAGAAAAUUUAGAAUUGAAUAGUCCCUGGAGAGCGUCUCCAUUAUUCACGUUUUCUCAAGUAAGAAAUGUGUUUCAAAGUACACCACAAAACAAGAAGUACGAUAUCACGGCUAAAAAAUUUACCCGGGUAAUGUCUAAUGAAUUUAAGAAUUUUGUGAAUGUUAUGAAAGGAAAGGACAUUUUGUUAAGGAAUAACGAAAAUACGAGCCCGGAAGGAUAUACAAAUACAAGUAACUCUAAAAGGAAAAGUUCGAUAAUCUCGAGAAAGUUUGGUACAGAAAUUACAAAUAUAGAUCAUUCUGUACAGUCAAAUGUGGGAAAAGAAAUAAACGGACGAACAUCAGCUGAAGUAGAAAAUAUACAACCAAACAUUCAAUUAAGUAGUAGGAUUAAUUCUACUAUAAAUAAUUUUCCUGCAUUUGACAGUACUGAAAAUAAAGAAGAUUCUGCAACCAAUUAUCAGACAUCGAAAACUGUUGUUAAAAAGGAAAUGAAAGAAGUUCCAAGUCCUCAGAAAAUUGUAAAGAGUGUACAAAGCUACAAUGAAAAAGAAAAUUUGGAUCCUACACCUGGGCCAUCGGGGUUGCAAAAGAAAGUAGUUCCUCUUGAACAGGAGAAUGUAUUGAGGCAGUCGAAUUUAAAUAAUUUUUUAAAUGUCAUGGACAUGCCGCAAAGUACAUCAUUCAAAACAGCUCAUGGAAUUUUUGAUGAUGCCCCAUCGACGCCAAUCAGUAGCAAACUUGUAAAAAAACCCAUUAAAUCUGAUGUAGGUUUAGAAAAUGCGUUUGGUUUUAGCGAUGAUUCUAAUGAAAACCUAUCCAAUGUUGAAAAUAAUAUUACAAAUGAUGAGAAGCAAAAGGAAAAAUCUGCUUUAGUAAAUUUAAAAACGGAGAAUAAAAAACCGCUAACCAAACUAUCAAUUGGUAAAAUAAAAAAGUUUUUAGUUGAUGCACCAGAAGAAAAAGUUGAACCUUUAAAAAAUAGAAAAAAUGACAACACAGUAAUAAAAGAAUUAUCCUUUAAAGCAAAGGAGGACGUCGAAAUCGAUAUUCCAAACUUUUCUGAUACAUUUGAUGUUCUGUCUGAGAUGGAUGAAAAUUCUACAGUGAAUAGAUAUGGGCCUCAACUGUUUGCUGACUUGGAGCCAUCGCAUUUUACACGGCCUCCAAAACAUUCUUAUAAGCGGAAACGAGCCGUAAAAUUCAACAUUUUGGAAGACGAGAAUGAAGAAGGGGAAGAGCCACUGGAACACGAAAUAAAACGAAAAAAGACAGACAAAGUGAAGAAGGAACAGGAAAAAAGGUUAAUGGCAUGGGUCAAUGAUAUUAACAAAACUUUUGAUGAAAUAGAUCAGCAUGAGCUUAUGGUUGAAUAA